AUGGUAAAUGAUUAUCUCCAGUACUAUGGCGGUUCUCGAAAAGACUUCAAGCGUGAUACAACCAAUGAUAAACGGGACAUUGAUGUGAUCAAGGCCAACGCUCGUUUUGUUUGGGAGGAUCGAGAUAAUCCUGAUACUUGGGAGGAGAGGCUGGCUAAGCACUACUGGGAUCGCUUAUACAAAGAAUACGCAAUUGCUGAUUUCUCGCGCUACAAGGAGAAGAAACUUGGUUUGCGUUGGCGCUCUGAGCGGGAGGUGGUGUUGGGCAAGGGCCAGUUUGUUUGUGGAUCGGUGGAUUGCAAUGAAGUGGAGUACUUGCGCAGUUGGGAGGUGGAUUUUGCGUAUAAUGAGAGAGGUGAAAAACGAAAUGCGCUAGUGAAGGUGCGAUUGUGUCCCACUUGCUCUCAAAAACUGAAUUAUCACAAGCAACAUUCUGAAGUCACACUGAACGUCGGUCAUAAGGAGCCUGCAGAGGAGAACAAAGUAUUGGAUCAGCACGAGAGUCAGGAGCUGACAUCAGGAGGGGAUCAUUGGAAGGAACCCUCAACGUCAAAUCAACAAGGGUCAGAUCGACAUGAAUCACAACGCACACAGGAGGAUGAAUUUGACGAAUACUUAAGGAACAUGUUUAUGUAG